CAGCCGUGCAUGCGCGCCACCGCCUGGGGCUAUAAAAAAUUCAUCACCUGCUGCCGUCAGAGCAUCCAGUUGCCGGGAGAAGCCAGUUCACCCUCUCCAGCGGCAUCUCCGCUCGACAUGGACCCUGAGACCUGCCCCUGUCCUACUGGUGGUUCCUGCAACUGCGCCGGCUCCUGCAAGUGUGAGGGAUGCAAGUGCACCUCCUGCAAGAAGAGCUGCUGCUCCUGCUGCCCCGCAGAGUGCGAGAAAUGCGCCAAGGACUGUGUGUGCAAAGGCGGAGAGGGGGCGGAGGCUGAGGCUCAGAAGUGCAGCUGCAGCGAAUGAAACAGAACCAGCCGCCCCUCCCCUCCGGGAAUCAGGUGUAAACAGUGCUGGGUGGCCGAGUGCCCCCUCUCCCUGUGCGGAGGAGCCUCGGCUCUGUAUCCCCCACCCCUGCUAGCUGCUGGCAAGUGACAAUAAAUCCUAU